GACAUUAUUAUUAUUACUGAUGCAUCAGCCUGAAAUGCUCCGAUCCUGCUGACAUCAUUAUCAUCAUCACCAUCAUCAUUAUUAAUAUCCUCCCUGCUUCCAGAAACAUCAAGCAGGGUGCGGUGACUUUGCAUGGGCUUCAUUGCAAGCCUUUGAGGUUAACCCUCUUCCAUGCGGGAGCAUGGCUGCACCCCCGGACUCUCCGAUGGGCGCACCCCUGCAGGUGGAGGGCUGCCUGAUCAUGAAGGUGGAGAGAGACCCCGAAUGGGCCGCGGAGCCCAUCUUGGGGAGCCCGGAGAGCACCGAGGGCGAGAGCUUUCGCAGAUGCUUCCGGCAGUUCUGCUACGACGACGUGACUGGACCCCAUGAAGCUUUCAGCAAACUCUGGGAACUUUGCUGCCGGUGGUUGAAACCGGAGACGCGUUCCAAGGAGCAGAUCCUGGAGCUGCUGGUGAUUGAACAGUUCCUCACCAUUUUACCGGAGAAGAUCCAAGCUUGGGCGCAGAAGCAGUGCCCCGAGAGUGGGGAGGAGGCCGUGGCCCUGGUCAUGCAUUUGGAGAAGGAGACUGGAAGGCUAAGACAGCAGGUUAGCAGUCCGGUGCCCUCAGUCAAGCAGGUCCCACUUGGAACAGCAUGGGAGGCGGCAGACCUUGCUCCAGAGCAGGUGGAGACCCAACCCAGGCUGAUGUCUCAGGAGGAAACUGGGAGCCACUACUCAGGACACCAGGAGCAGCUGAACCGAAAGAGAGAGCGUCAGCCCUUACCCAGGAAUGUUCAGCCUUCUCCCUGGACUCCUGUGUCUGCUGAUGAGUGGAACGUCAUAGAUCAGGAAGUAAUAGCAACACAUCUUUCUGUGGGGUCCCAGGGAUCAAUAAGGGACGUCCACAUGACAAGAGGUUUCUCCUACAAGAAGAGCAUGCAUCAGAUUCCUGCUCACAGAGACCUGUACCGCGAGACUAGGAAGGAGAGUGUUGGGAACAUGGUCUCCCUGGGAAGCUCAGUACCAACAUCCGACAAGCUAGCCCAACUGGGGCAAAGAAAGGAGCCCUGGGCCGUAGGUCUACACUCCACUCAUAAAAGGAAUCUGCUACGAAGCAACUAUGCAAAGGACAAGUCAGUUCAUGCUGUUCAGAUUCCUACAAGGAAUUCCGGGAAAACAUGGAGAGAUCAGCAGCAGUGGGGUUUAGAGGAUGAAAAAAUAGCAGGUGUGCACUGGAGCUACGAGGAAACUAAGACUUUUCUUGCCAUCCUCAGAGAGUCUCGCUUUUAUGAAACACUUCAGGCUUGUCCCCGAAACAGCCAGGUCUACGGUGCGGUAGCUGAAUGGUUAAGGGAAUGUGGUUUCCUGCGAACGCCGGAACAGUGUCGGACCAAGUUCAAGAGUCUCCAGAAGAGCUAUCGGAAAGUAAGAAAUGGCCAUGUGCUGGAACCCUGUGCCUUCUUUGAGGACAUGGACGCUCUGUUGAACCCUGCAGCCCAUGCUUCAUCCACUGAUAAGCCAAAGGAGAUGAUCUCUCUCCCCAGACUAAAGAGAAUCAGUAUCAGUGCUAAAGAACAGGUCAGUCUGGUGGAGGAGGACGGCGGCGCAGAGGAAUCAGAUGAUGACGAGGUGGGCGUUGAAUUUAUCCGGAAGUCUGAGAUUCGUGGUGCUCCUGUCAUGUUUCAGAACCUAAGUGGUGUGCACUGGGGCUAUGAAGAAACCAAGACCUUUCUUGAUAUCCUGCGGGAGACGCGGUUUUACGAAGCACUCCAAGCCUGUCAUCGGAAAAGCAGACUAUAUGGGGCCGUGGCUGAACAACUGCGAGAAUGUGGCUUCCUCCGGACACCAGAACAGUGUCGGACCAAGUUCAAAAGCCUUCAGAAGAGCUACCGCAAAGUGAAAAACGGUCAUGUGCUAGAGUCCUGUGCAUUCUUCAAGGAGAUGGAUGCCCUGAUUAACUCUCGAACAUCUGUGCUGUCCACCAACAUACCAGAAGAAGUCCCAUCACCCUCAAGUCAAGAAAGAGAAGAUAUUGAGAUUGAGUCCCAGGAUCCUAUAGACUGGGAACCUGAGGAGAUCUCACAGGAGACAAUAAUUGAAGAUUCUAGCAGUGAGAGAAUGAGUGAUGAGGAAAUUAUUCACGAGUCAGAAUUUGAGGGGCCUAUGGGUCUACUGCAAAGCUCAAGUGAUUUUGAAAUUGGGAGUAAUAUCAAGGAAGAUGUGACACAGGUAAUAUAUAAGGACAUAGACCAGCAUAGGACAUUAAUAGAAAAGUCUAAACGGGUUGUUCCCCAGAACACUGACCCAAGUAAAUAUCACAAACGGGAGUGCACGUCAGGAAGACAAUGGGAAAACCUCCAAGGAAUCAGACACGGGAAACUGAUACCUCAGCCUAGAGAUUUAGGGAAACCCCUAGUACAACAGAGGCCUUUCAUGGGGAAAAGACCUUACAGACUUCUCAGAUACGGAGAAGAUUUUGUUAGGAGUGCUCGUCUUACGUGUCGCAUGACCCACCAAAAGGAAAACCCUUAUAAGUGUAGUGUGUGUGGGAAGUGCUUUGGCAGAAGCAGGAGCUUAAUCAGACAUCAGAGAAUCCACACUGGAGAAAAACCAUUUAAAUGUCUUGACUGUGGAAAAAGCUUCAAUGACUCCUCCAACUUUGGUGCCCACCAGAGAAUCCACACAGGAGAGAAACCCUACAGAUGUGGAGAGUGUGGCAAGUGCUUCAGUCAGAGCUCAAGUCUUAUUAUACACCAGAGAACCCACACUGGAGAGAAGCCCUAUCAGUGUGGAGAAUGUGGGAGAAGCUUUACCAAUAGCUCUCAUUUCAGUGCCCACCGGAGAGUCCACACUGGUGAGAAUCCAUACAAAUGUGUGGACUGUGAAAGAAGUUUCAAUAACUGUACAAGAUUUCGGGAACACCGGAGAAUGCACUCUGGAGAGAAGCCGUUUGGAUGUGCCCAGUGUGGCAAACGCUUCAGUAAGAGUUCUGUGCUUUGCAAGCAUCGGGAGGGUCACCUGAGAGAGAGACUCCUGUCUCACCCUCCAUCAAUGUAUCUGCCAGAAAACCCACAUAAGGGAAAAACUGGUGAAGUCAGGAAAAACUUCUGAUGAUAAUCUUUCCUCUUCCUAAACAUCCCUCUAGCUAUCCCACCUUAAUCUCACUCUUGGAAGCAGCCUUUUCUUAACGAUAAAAGGUACUGCCCAAGAUAAAUUUGAGGAUGUAAACUAAAAUCUUGGAUCUUGUUCACACCUCUGCUUCUAACUCAGUCUGUUCCUUUGCUCCUGUGUGUCUUGGCUUUUCCUUUGAUAGAACGGAAAAGCUAUACCGACAGAGUUUAGAAUGAAGUUCUCUUCAGGAAGGUGACACCACAGCUAUCAGGAUUGCUAAGUCCAGGAACACUCAAGAUCCUUUAGUAGAGGUGAGAGUUGUUUUCAAGGAAAUAAAAAACACUGAAAGUAUGGUGGGUUUUUCCCCCCUUCACUAUCUACCACAAGAAGUCCUGGAUGCAACUUGAUUACACAGUUUCAUGUUUGGAUAAAAAAAUUUCCAGAGUCUGAUCCAAACAGCAUCAAAUUCAUACUGGUUUUGAAGAUACUCACAAAAGGAGAUUGAAGAUUUUAUUUCUUCCUUCAGAAGUUACAGUGCUAUCGUGGACCUUUCUUAUGUCAAGAAGUUGAUCCAAAUAGCUAGGGUAGAAUCCCUGUAUCGUUGAGAUCACAUUACUAAUGCCUUGCCAUCCAUAGAAAUGGAACAUCCACUGUCCAUUUGGAUCAACCUUUUCUGUACCUGAAAACUGAAACCCCUCCGAAUGCUAUUCCUCCAGCCUAUAAGUGAUCCAAUUCUUCUAACUGUUUCUCAGAAGUCUUACACUUACCUCUUAAUCGUUUUUGGGUGCUCUUGUCUGAAUCUUCUGAACUGCCAUGCCCUACUCAGAUUGAAUAGGAUACAUGAUCCUGGUGUGUCUCUUUAAAGUAGAAUGCCAGGCAGGACGUAACUGGUAAAGUUGCAAUAUGUUAAGCCUCCCAACCCCACACUUCAGUGUAAUACUAUAUAAUAAUAUUUUUCUAACGGACUAGAGGGACUGGGAAGAAGUGAGGGAGACCCUUGGAACAUUUACUGCUUCUAAGACUGGCUAGUCUCGUCAGGACUGCUUCGAUCAAAAUAGCCACCUCUUUCUUUCCAUCCAAGCCAACUCCAAAGAGUGCAUUCUCUUUCUUGAGGCUCUUUUUUUUUUAAUUUAUUUUUUAUUAAGGUUAAUGCUUCACAGUGCAAUCACUGACAUAUGCAUAUAAUUUCAUUAUAUAACAAGCCUCCAAAAUUUUCUUCCUAUCCUCUCACCCCGUCCCUCCCCAGAGUCCUAUGCUGUGUUGCAAUACCCCACAUCUAGUCCAUGUCUCGCUUUGUGUUCUCCCCAUUCCCUACAUCAUUAAGUCCUGCUAGUAAGUGAGGACAUUUGAUAUUCAUCCUUCUCCCUUUGGCCUAUCUCACUCAACAUAAUGUCCUCAAAUUUCAUCCAAGAGGAUGCCAGCCCAAGGCUUCUAAUCCCCAUCAUAGAAUCCCCACCAGAGCCCUGAGUAAUUUAUACACCUCUGAACUCAUUGAGUGAAAGCAGAAAGUUAUAGGAGAUUCCUAUUCAGAACACCAUAUCUCUUCUCCUUACUUUCCAUUCGUGUAUUCCUCAUUCCUGUUUGUCUGAAAAAUCUCUUUGAUAACUUAUCCUUCGCACUAACCCAAUAAAUACUGAAGGAAGGAUUCAGGUAAAGGGGAUAUAAUUCACUCGUUUAUGGGAAUUUCAAGUGAAUCCCAGAAAUUUGGUCAUUCAACGAUAGUUGCUUCAGGAUGAGGCCAGUGGCAUUUACAUUCUUAAUAUUGGGUUGUUGGAAAAGUGAUACACAUUUCUGCAUAGAGAAACAAACAAACAAACAAAAAACAUCAUGACUUUUCUGAUAGCCCCUAUGUAGGCAACCUAGUGUGACCUUUAGGGGACAGGGAAGAAGCAGAGCGUCAGGGCUGUGUGUAUAUUAUUAUUUAAUUUGUGUGGCAGGAGUUGAAUCAUCCAGGGCCUCAUACAGGUGAGGAGACAUUCUGAUGCUAAGCUUACAUCCCUAGUCUGUGUUUUCCUUUUGAUCUUAACUGAAGACAUCUGGAAAUAGGGAUAUGUUCUAAUCUUUCGAAACUCGCUACAGCAGAGUACCAAGAAGGGUGGGCAGCCUAGAAAGAAAUGCAGCUUAUAGGGUACCAGAAAAGGGUAUGGCCUAUUGGAAGGCAGGUGACUCAGGUAAACACUGAUAAAUGUUUCUGACUUACAUUUGUUGAAAAUGUUAUGACUGUUCCUAUCUCAGUAGGUUGGUUCCCUCUGUGUUGUCUGAAUCCUAGCCUUCUAAUGGUAAGUGCAGUCUCCAUGUCGGUAAUGUGCCUAGCACAGUAAGACGUGUGUGGUGCCCGUGGACGUGUGCUUAUAUCGUGUAGAUGUCCGAGUUCCAACUCUAGAGAAGAUGCAUACCAAUAGAAAUCACCACUUAGUAAUAUGUAUACAGAAUGAAUAAUUAUACUGAAGCAUGAUUCAGAAAUGUAGUGAGGGGCCGAGUGGUGGCGCACCUGGUUGAGCGCCUAUAUUACAAUGCGCAAGGAUGCAGGUUCGAGCCCCCGGUCCCCACCUGCAGGGGGAAAGCUUUGCGAGUGGUGAAGCAGUGCUGCAGGUGUCUCUCUGUCUCUCUCCCUCUCUAUCACCCCCCUUCCCUCUUGAUUUCUGGCUGUCCUUAUCCAAUAAAUAAAGAUGUUUUAAAAAGAAAUGUAGAUGAUAAUUAUUAAGCACUUAUUAAGCUCUGUUGUGUGUAAGACCAUAUUCUAGGCACAGUGAGGAGAAACGACAAGAAAGGGGGCAUGGUGCCUGUAGUCAGGAAACUUUAAGUAAGAUGGUAAAGUAUUGUCAUUGUCUCAAAAGGCAAUGCCAGUUACAGCCCGGCGAUUGACAAAGGUCAGUGUCACAGUCAUGAAAAGGAUCCCUUCACUUGUGAAAGUUUUCUUUUUUUUUUCAAACUGCCUAGAAUUAUAUCCUGAGGUCCAUCCCUCAAGCAUCCCCAAAAGGCAGGAAAGGUUCAGCGGACCCAUCUCAUCUCAUCUGCAGUAGAACGAACUGACACUUCUUAACGUGUUACGUGUCUUCUGGGAUUGAGCUGAGCUAGAGCUUGAAUCGUCCUACCUCUAUUUCUCAUUGCCACCAGGGUAUGUAUUAAAUUAAUCAUCUUUGUUCUGAAGAAAUAGAAGGUUUAAGGCCAAGGAUAAUUGCUUCUUUAAAAAAAAAAAAAAAAUCUUUCAGCUAGAGCAUGAAAGUCAAAAUGAAUAAUUUAUGAAAGUUCAUAGGGAAAGGUUUCUUACUGUGGUCUCUGGACUAGGGAACACUAUGUUCCUAAGGGGAAAGUUACUUUACACUGUGAUUUUUUUAUAACUUAACCACUUUUCUCUCUUUGUUCUGACUACUGGAAAGCUCAACAAAACUUACAACUCACCUCAGCUAUCUAAAAUCGAUAUUUAACUCUGUCUUAUUUAUUUGAAAAUAUGGUCCCAACGCCUGUUUUUAAGUGAUGUCAGCAAGGAGACAUUUUCCUCUCUGGUGUCUUUCUCAAUGCACUUUGGAAACAGAUUUGUUUUUCCUCAUAGGCUUGCUCUGUUAAUCCCACAGAUACCUCCAACCCUUUACCAGUGACUGUAGUCCUCAAACUUCACACAUUAAGUAUAAACCUUUAAGUAGAAUCAGCUCAGGGCAAACUGCCAUGGGAGAAUGAGCAUUAGGCCAGAAGCCAAAAGAGAUGAGUUUGAGUCUUGUUACCACCACUUCUGUUGUUUAACAAAUAAUAGUGUCUCUCUGGGUCUCAGUCCUUUAUUCAACAAGAAGUUGAACUUGAUGACCAAGACUGCUCCAGCUCUAAUGUUUUCUGAGCCAGUGGAGCAUGUUGCGGACAAGGAAGAGACUGUAGAGCCCAGCUGUCCAGCCUGGCUCCCCACUGCCUGCCACACCCAGGCCAUAUGGAAUUCCUGUCAUGCCUUAGGAAGAGGGGUGCCAGGAGCCCUCUGAGGAGAAAGGAGAGAUCACUCAUCAGCCUUCGAGCCGGUAGCCAGCAGCAGGUGGCUGCAAUGAAGUGGGACUAUUUCAUGAGAUGCCCAGUGGCAAACAGGACUGGACAGUUGAGGGGGACUGAAGAGGCCCCAAAUGCAAGGAGUGUCUGGGUGAUCUGUGUAGCUGUAAGCCUUCGUCUUCAUCUGAAUGCAUUCCAAGUGUGAAUGCCUGUCCGUCGAUGCCACUUUUUUGUAUCAAUGUUCACUUAGCUGUCUUCUGGAAAACUUGUGUGUGAAACAAAUGUCCAAAAUAAAUGACUUUCACUGGGUUUUGCCAUAACAUGAAA